GAGACCGAGGGAGGAGGCGGCGAGGAGCGCGCCGGCCGCGGCCGCGGGGGGGGGGGGGGGUUUGGAAAAAUGACUCAGUAAGUUCAGCGCGCCCGCUCCGGCCGGCCCUGCGCCUCCCGCCGCGCCCGGGAUGUAUUCGUCCCCGCUCUGCCUGACCCAGGAUGAGUUCCACCCGUUCAUCGAGGCGCUGCUGCCGCACGUCCGCGCCUUCGCCUACACCUGGUUCAACCUGCAGGCGCGGAAGCGCAAGUACUUCAAGAAGCACGAGAAGCGCAUGUCCAAGGACGAGGAGCGCGCGGUGAAGGACGAGCUGCUGGGCGAGAAGGCCGAGGUGAAGCAGAAGUGGGCGUCCCGGCUGCUGGCCAAGCUGCGCAAGGACAUCCGGCCCGAGUGCCGCGAGGACUUCGUGCUGGCCAUCACCGGCAAGAAGGCGCCGGGCUGUGUGCUCUCCAACCCCGACCAGAAGGGCAAGAUGCGCCGCAUCGACUGCCUGCGCCAGGCCGACAAGGUGUGGCGGCUGGACCUGGUCAUGGUCAUCCUCUUCAAGGGCAUCCCGCUGGAGAGCACCGACGGCGAGCGCCUGGUCAAGGCGGCGCAGUGCGGCCACCCGGUGCUCUGCGUGCAGCCGCACCACAUCGGCGUGGCGGUCAAGGAGCUCGACCUCUACCUGGCCUACUUCGUGCGCGAGCGAGACGCGGAGCAGAGCGGCAGUCCCCGGGCAGGGAUGGGCUCCGACCAGGAGGACAGCAAGCCCAUCACACUGGACACCACGGAUUUCCAGGAGAGCUUUGUCACCUCCGGUGUGUUCAGUGUCACGGAGCUCAUCCAAGUGUCCCGGACCCCCGUGGUGACUGGGACAGGACCCAACUUCUCCCUCGGGGAGCUCCAGGGGCACCUGGCGUAUGACCUGAAUCCAGCCAGCACAGGCAUGAGAAGAACCCUACCCAGCACUUCCUCCAGCGGGAGCAAGCGGCACAAAUCGGGCUCGAUGGAGGAAGACGUGGACACGAGCCCCGGCGGCGAUUACUACACCUCGCCCAGCUCUCCCACGAGUAGCAGCCGCAACUGGACUGAGGACAUGGAAGGAGGCAUCUCGUCGCCGGUAAAGAAGACGGAGAUGGACAAGUCACCUUUCCACAGCCCAUCUCCCCAGGACUCCCCUCGCCUCUCCAGCUUCACCCAGCACCACCGGCCUGUCAUCGCCGUGCACAGCGGGAUCGCCCGGAGCCCUCACCCGUCUUCCGCCCUGCACUUCCCCACGACCUCCAUCCUGCCCCAGACGGCCUCCACCUACUUCCCGCACACGGCCAUCCGCUACCCGCCUCACCUCAACCCCCAGGACCCGCUCAAAGAUCUCGUGUCGCUGGCCUGUGACCCAGCCAGCCAGCAGCCUGGACCGUUAAAUGGAAGUGGUCAGCUCAAAAUGUCCAGUCACUGCCUUUCUGCUCAGAUGCUGGUACCCCCGCCCCCUGGGCUCCCGCGGCUGGCGCUCCCCCCCGCCACCAAACCCACCUCCGAGGGAGGAAGCACGUCGCCGACCUCGCCCUUCCUGGUAUCUGGGAUAAGAAAGAUUUCUUCCCACGCCCUGCUCCUUCAUCGCGGGAAUCCCAGGGGGCCGCACUGCCGGCCCCGGCCCACGUUUUCAGUGGAAAGUUCGAGCGAGCGAGACGACCCUGCCGACUCCCAGCCUGGCCGGAAAGACAGAACAGACACACACACGCAGGAGGGAAACAAGCAAAAAGGAAAAAAGGCAAAACAAAAACAAAAACAAAAACCCCACCAACAACCACCACAACAAAGAAAAGACAAAAGGAAAAAAAAACCACCAUGGAAAUGAACCCACCCAUCCAAGACGCCGAACAGUAGAGACGGCCGCCCCUCAGAACUCUCGGGACGCCACGGCCGGACCCGAGGGCCAGGCCCCGCCACCAGUCCGGUGCGCUCCGAGGCCGCUGGCCGCGCCGGCGCCGACCUCCGUCCUCACUCACUCAUCUCCGCUGCUGCUCUCCGAGGGCGGGCGCCCGCCCCCUGCCUCCGCCCCAGAACAGGUGAGCGCGGCCCCGUGCCCCGGCCCGGGCCCCCCCGCCGGGCAGGACACCCAGCAAGGCCACCUCUCCCUGUGCCCCCGCCGCCGGGACACCCGCCGGGCCUCUGCCAUGGUGUCUGCCGAGUGGGGAGAUGGGUGCUUGGGGGGGGGGGGGGUCCUUGUGGUGGGGGGCGGGUGGCAGGCAGCAGAGGCCAAUGUGGAGGCCCGGGUGGGCGGGGACACGACAGGGGCAGAAGAGGGUUGUGGGGAGACCCUGGGUGUCGCCAGGGCACUGGGACGCGUGGCGGGAGCAUUGUCAGGGGCGUCCCUGGCUGAGGGACCUCCACCCGGCCCCCGCCAGCCCGACUCGGACUUGGGCUCACAGCCGCGCGCCUACCCUGUUUGGGAAGAAAAGUCUCUAUGCAAUUGCCCCCCAGCUCCACCCCCGGCAGAGGAGGCCCCCCACCCCGCAUCCCGCCGCCGGCCCUGCUCCGCGCCCCCCACCCACCCCCGGGAAGGGACCCACGUUGCACACACUGUAAGAAAUGCACUUUCCGAGGAAGGGGCGGGGGGGGGGGGGCGGAGUGGAGAGACUCAGAGCUCCCGGGGAGGGGACACCCUGUCCGGAGCCUCAUCCGCCUGAGCCCCGGGACGGAAGGACCCCCCUGCCCCCUGCUUAGCCCACGGAGGUGGGAGGUGGGAGCGAGUGGUUUAAGUGCCUGAUUCCCACCGCCCGCCCCCCUUGUCCAGCUGGAAUGGGAAGUGGCCGUGGGCCCUUCCGUUCCCUCCCCCGACUCAGCCACCUCCAGUCGCUGACCCUCACUGCUGUGCUCCCCUCCGAGCUAGAGAG